AUGGACACUGGUGCGGAGGUUACAUAUUUUGGAAAAGUUAUUCAGGUGCUUGGAAGGACAGGAGGUUCUGGAAUGCUGACACAGGUGAAAAUUGAGCUGCUUCACAACAAGCGCACCAUACAAAGGGCGGUUAAAGGAUCAGUGUUUGAUGGAGACAUUGUUGAGAUUCUUGAAUGUGAGCGUGAGCACAGAAGAACAAGAUGA